AUUUUGGCUGGGAAUUGUGUUAUUUUCAUUUUCAAGGAAGCAGGCUGCAGUUGUGCAAUUAUCUGUGGCUAUAAAAUCUUUAAAAAUACAUAUUUAAUAAAAUAUUCGUAUAUAUUUAAAGUUGGCGUAGACAAAGAACAGUGGUAAACCUAGUAAAUAUUACUUAAAUAUUUUAGCACAUCGAAAUGGCGAGCAAAAAGUUCAGCGACAUCAAUCUGUACGAUCUUUUGGGCAUUUCCCUGGAGGCCGAUCAAAAUGAGAUACGCAAGGCGUACCGCAAGAGGGCACUCGACUGCCAUCCCGACAAGAAUCCGGAUAAUCCCAAGGCGGUGGAGCGCUUCCACGAGCUGUCCAAGGCGCUGGAGAUCCUCACGGAUGAAUCGGCGCGUGCGGCCUACGACAAAGUGCUCAAGGCCAAGAAGGCGGCGGAGCUGAGGAGUCGCCAGCUGGACGGGAAGCGGCAGAAGCUCAAGCAGGAGCUGGAGGAGCGCGAACGGGCGGCCCUAAACAAGUUGGCCAAGGCCCAGCCGUACAGCACGGUGGCCAAGAGCGAUGAGGAGCUGCUGCAGGAGCAGAUCGAGCGGCUGCGGCGGGAGGGAUCCCGGCUGCUGGAGGAGGAGCAGCGGGCCAUGCAGGAGCAAUUUAGGCGCAAUCACGCCGAGAAACAGAAACUCCUGCAGCAGCCGGCCAAGUUUGAUUCGGCUCAGCAUCGCAUCAAGAUGAAGUGGAAGGCCGAUCCGGGCCAGGAUUACACGCAGGAGCAGCUGCUGAAGUACCUCAAGAAGUACGGCGACGUGGUGGCCCUGGUGGUCAACAGCAAGCGACGCGGACGUGCCAUGGUGGAGCUGGCCACCCGCGAAGCCUGCGACAUGGUGUUGGCCUACGAAAAGGGCGAUCCCGCCAAGCCACUGCACUUCGAAUGGGUAACGCCGCCGGCGGAAGAAAAGAAGCCAUCCCACUCACCCGCCACAGGGAGCACCAGCUCAGCCACCGACUACGAGGACCUAGUCAUGCGGAAGAUGCGGCAGGCCGAGGAGCGGAAGCGGCUAAUCGAGCAGAUGAUGAAGGAGGAGGAGGGCGAAUAGGCUAUUAUUAUUUAGGAUUAUUUUACAUUUAUUAUUUAUUUACAAUUAGCUAACGAUAAGCACAACUUAUAUUAAAAAAAGUAGUUUAAUCUAAGUUGUAUUGAGUUAAAAAAACUAGGAAAAUCAAAAAUUAAGACGUUUAGACGACCCAUACUAGAGUAAAAUAAAUAAAUAUAUACGAAAUUUGGACAAAUAUUUAUAUUUAUAGAUACAAUGAUAACAUCGAAUCUGUAAAACAUUUAAAUUAAUAAAAAACCGAAUUCAGUCAAAAAUAAA